AUGACUCUACCGUUCAUUGAGCUUGGUACAGCUUUGUUUUUUGGAUUCAUUAUAUAUCGUGUCAUAUCAGAAUAUACGUCCCCUCUAUCCAAGAUUCCGAAUGCAGGUUUCGGUGCAGCAUUUUCAAGGCUUGCAUGGGCAUUCCCGCAAGAAUACAAUGGCACAAUUACUCUCAGUCUACCCAAAUUCCAUGAAAGACUAGGCCCUUUGAUCCGUAUCGGCCCAAAUGAAGUGUCCUUCUACUCUCGAGAUACAUAUGAAACGGUGCACAAAGUGGGAAGCAAGUUCAAGAAAGACCCAAGAGUCUAUGGAGAGUUUGUGCAAGGCGGUCAUCCGGCUCUGUUCUCCAUAACAGAUCCGGUAGAGCAUGCGAAGCGUAGAAGGAUCAUGUCUCAGCUUUUUAGUCGAAGCAAGGUACCUCAGCUAGAGAGAUUAAUCUCUCAUCAUGUUCAGAGAUUUGUCCACAAGAUUCGAAAUAACGAUUCUAUCGUGGAUUUGGGCGUGUCAUCACGAGCUCUUGAAGCAGACAUCAUGUCUGACUUCUCCUUUGGUACAUCUAUCAACGCCAUUGACUAUUGGGCUGGUGGGAAACAGCUGGCUAUGGUUGAGAAGAACGAUGAAAAGGCUACAUGGAUGCCUGUUCUCACUAAUUUUCCUCUCUUGUGUGAAUUUUGGGAGACGAUCGAAGAGUGCCUCUAUAGCUUGACGGGUUUCAGAACUCAAUAUUCUCAAGGCCUCGCUGACUUCCAAAACUGGGCACAGACUUCAUGGCAAGCCGCUCUCUCGGCUGGUUUUCAAUCUGACAUAACUAGCAUCAACUCUCCGAAUCUCAUACAAACUCUGUGUAAUGCUGGCCUGCCCGCUGAAACUGCUUUGUCCGAGGCAGGCGAGAACCUUGGUCCCGGGACAGAUACCACUUCCGCAACGCUUGCCCAUAUCAUAUGGGCUCUAGCACACAACCCCGCUUACCAAGAUAAUUUGUAUCAAGAUCUGGCCAGUGUCUCCUUUGCAACAGACAUGACGACACUCGAAAAUAUUCCUCGUCUGCAGGCCUGCGUUAAAGAGGGCAUUCGGUGGGCCGGUGCUGCAGCAGCGAUGCUUCCUAGGACUGUACCACCCGGAGGAAUUGAGCUACAUGGUACCUUUAUCCCAGAAGGGACGGUGCUUAUAUCUUCACCUAUCUGGUAUCUACACGACGCGAAGGCAUAUCCAAGUCCUAAGGUUUUUAAUCCGUAUCGAUGGUUGUCUCAGGACGGAAAGACUUUAACCGAAGACAGCCUCCGUGAUCGCUUUUACAUACCAUUUUCACGAGGCGCAAAUAUCUGCUUGGGGGCACAUUUCUCGCACCUGGAAUUAUAUGUUUCAAUAUCUCAAUUUGUUCGCAACUUCCGUUUUGAGCCACGAAACGUGUCGCAGCCUAUUGCUGAUGACGAAACUUGGAACUUGGUUUCUUUACCAGAACGUAAAGAGUGGGUUGCAACAGUAUUGUUAGAAAGUCUCCAAGUUGUUAUACACCAAAGAGAGUAG